GUUGACGACAACGCUCUAACUGAACGCAACUUUUCGUUUGACAUAAAUGUUGAAUUUCAUUUCACACAUAUUACUUUCUCACUUUGCCUUCACAGGAUUUGCUCACCCUCCAGAUGGAUGCUGCAUAGACGCUCUGAAUGCUUUCUGCUCGCUCGCUGUCAUCCCUUACUGACUUGGAGGCGCGCAAACCGUCGCGCGAUGCGUUUUGACAAGUCACGCGCGCCCGCAAAAAAAAGGCGCGCUUAAUCCGGCGGUACGUGGGAUUGGGCGGGAAGAGAGUCAGUUGAGGAAACACGGGAUUGGGCGAAUGGAAGAGUCAAACCGCUGCUGUCUAUGACUCAGAUGAAGAGAAGAGACGAAUCCACUUCACUUUACCUCAGCUGAACGGAGGAAAGAGACCUUAUUAUUGACCUAAUUGGAAUUAAUAACAGUGUGGGGCAAAUAAGGAAGAAUAUUAAGGAAUAUUAUACUAUUUAACGAUGGCUUUCAUGGUAAAACACGUUGUUGGCGGUCAGUUGAAGAAUCUGACAGGAGGUCUGACAGAAGAUAAAUCUGACGGAGACAAAUCCGACGCCGCUAAAGGAAUGACACAAGAAGAGUUUGAGCAGUACCAACAACAGCUAGAGGAGGAAAAGCAGGAGCGAGACACCAGUUUUGCCCAGAAGAAGGCGGAGAGGGCGACAGUCAGGUCUCACUUUAGAGACAAAUACAGGUUGCCAAAGAACGAGCUGGACGAGACUCAGAUCCAGGCGGCAGCGGACGACGUCGAGCUCCCCACAGAACUGGCCAAGAUGAUCGCCGAAGACAACCAGGAGGAGGAACAGAAGCAGUCCGUUCUGGGUCACCUGACCAACAUCCAGAACGUGGACAUGGGUCACCUGAAGGACAAAGCUCAGGCCACACUGGAGGACCUGAAGAGCUCCGCGGAGAAGUGCUGCGUCAUGUGAUCUCACUGCAUCCUCACACCUGGACACGGUUCUUCUGUCCUCAUCCCUGUGUCUCCUCCACACACUCAAACACACACACACACACACACACUCACUCUCUCUCUCUCACACACACACACACACACUCACACACACACUCACUAUCUCUCUCUCUCACACACACACACACACUCACACACUCACAUACACACUCACUAUCUCUCUCUCUCUCUCUCUCACACACACUCUCUCUCACACUCAAACACACUCUCUCUCACACACACACACACACACACUCUCUCUCUCUCUCUCUCUCUUUCUCACACACACACACUCUCUCACACACACUCUCUCUCACACACACACACACACACUCUCUCUCACACAUAUAUCCGGUGUGACGUGUAGGGCAGUAUUUGUUUCAUGAUGCUGAUAUUGUUCUUAUCGAGUUUAAAUGUCUUGUGUGUCUCAUCAACUGUACGAGAAUCUCACAAAAACAUGAUCGGGUCACAUUUCACAUCAUUAAAAAAUAUAUAUAUUAAUCUUGAAGGGAUAGUUCACCCAAAAAUAAAAAUGAUCUAAUUUGUUCUCUCUCAUGUUGUUCCAAACUAAUUUUAAAGAAUGUUGGUAAGCAAACAGUUUCCGGUAGCCAUUGACGUCCAUAGUAUGAAAGAAAAUACCAUGGAAGUCAAUGGGUACCAUCAACUGUAUGCUUCCCAACAUUAUUCUGUUGAACACAGAUGAUGAUAUUUUGAGGAAUGUUGGUAAGCAAACAGUUACUGGUAGCCAUUGAAUUCCAAAGUAUGGAAAAAAAAAAAAAAUUGUUUUUUUUCCAGACUCUAUUUUAAUGGUUAAAUUAAAUUAUAUUCAUCAAAAAGCAUGUCUAAAUAUUUUUCUAUAUUCCUUGUUUUGAUAAUAAUAAUUUUAUUAUGUAAUAUUUCUGUCUACAUAACUUUUAUUUUGACGAGUUGCUGUGAAGACCUUUAAAGGUCUUUUGAUGUAUUUGGCAAAUUCCGUGACUUUCUGUUGCACAGUAAAUUAUGUUUUUAUGACUGGAUUUAAUCUGCUUUAAGGGCCCUAUGUAAGUCGAUGGCGUAUGAUUUGGUGAUGAUCAUUCUUCAAAAUAUCUUCUUUUGUGUUCAACAGAUUAAAGAAAUUCAUACAGGUUUGGAACGAUUCAACAGGGAAUAAAUGAUGACACAUUUUUCAUUUUUGGCUGAACUGUCUCUUUAAUGCUCCUGAAAUAUCUUUCAUUUUCUUUAUGCAAGUGUGAUUUCUUAGUCAUUAUGAGUUUGGGGUGAAAUGUGACGUGUUUCUGGAGAUUGACCCAUCCACACCAUGCCCUGCUCCGGUCUGAAGGUGUUUAUUACAGCAGUAGUCGAACGGGUUCAUGACUUUGAGGAGUCUCGAAGGGCUUAUGGGAGCAGGAAUGGAGGAAGAACCCAGAUUCCCCUAAACAUCCACUCACACACACCGUCACAUUUGACCCUUGACCUUUCAUUGAGUGGUGCCGUUUUGUGCAGGUGGUUUGGUGUCGUCGUGAUGCAGAUGUCGACCUUUUUCUUUCUGGUUGUUCCCUCUUUUGGAGACUCAAACUAAUGAUUUGAAACGCUGUGCUGCUGAGGUGAGCGUCUGGACGAAGGGUUUUAUUCUGAUUCUCUUUCUGUGUCUGUUUGAGUGAAGACAUGCAGGGAUUUGGGUUCUGAAUAUAAGCUGUAAACAUAAAGCAAUAUUUCCAUCUCUGAUCUACAGGACAGAGCUGGUAGCCAAUUCAUGUGAAGGGUUAAACUAACUUUCCUUUUAAUCUUAUUUAACCCGUUAGAUUAUAUAUUUUUUGUCGUUUGUUUUACUUAUGCCCUUGAUAGUUGUUUCCGCUCUGGAUUGCAUAAGUAACGUAAUUACCAAUGUAAUGCAUUUAUGUAAUUAUUCCUCUGUAAUUUCCAGACCUUGCUGAUUUUUGACUGUUGAAACUGUAAUAAAUAUAUUUGUACAUAGA